GUCGAAAGCAAGUUUUGUGUGGGUUUGAUCAAUGGAGUGCGCUGUCUAAGGUUUUGAACAAGUAUUUCUAUGUCUCGGGGCAGAGCUCCAGAUUUACCUGAUGAGUGGAAUAUGGGUUCUCGUUUUCGGUCUGGUAAAUCUAGUUGGCAGUUUGGAACCAAGUUCCGAAAUGAAAAAGUUCUCUCUCAGAAAAGGCCAAAUGAAAGUAUUGCUGGAAAAAGUGAACCUAUUCCGAAGAAAAGAAGUUCUGGUUCAGAUGCCUAUAUGAACUCUUCUUCUAGUACGCAUUCCUGGGAUGCCAUACUGCAAAAGAGAAGUAAUAAUAUUCAUGAAGGAAAACAUAAGCCCAAGGAAAAAGAGAAAGGAGAUAAUGAUGAGUGCAAAGAUAUGGCUAUGAACAGAUGUUCUGCUUCAGAUGACCCUUGGAAUUCAUGUCUGCAAAAGGAAACAGAUGCAGGUAUGAAGAAAGGUUCUCAUUCAAGCUGGCCUGCUUGGAACUCAUGUCUGCAAAAGGAAACAGAUGCAGGCAUGAAGAAAGGUUCUCAUUCAAGCUGGCCUGCUUGGAACUCAAGUCUGCAAAAGGAAACAAAUUUUGCUGAUGAAGGAAACAACAACACUCAUGAGAGAAAAAGUUCUGCUUCUGAUGACUGCUGGAAUGCUCAUUCCAGUUGGCCAUCAUGGAAUUCCUGGUUGCAAAACGAUUCAAAAGCUGAUGAAGGAAAAGAUGUGCCUGACAAAACAAGUUCCCACCAUUGGAACUCCUGGCUGCAAAAGAGAAGUGGUGCAGAACAUUCUAAAGAUGUGUUCCCAAAAAGGGAUUCCAGAUCUGGAGAUCGUGUUGGAUCACAUUAUCAUAAGCCUCUUUGGAAAUCAAGAUUGACAAAGCGAAGUAAUUUUGAAGAGGAUCAAACAUCGGUUCAUGGAGGUCGCAAUUCUAGUAACAGGGAUGCUAGAUGGGUUUCUCCAGGAUCCAGAUCAUGGGCAAAUUCUAAUGCAAGAGAAUCCAACGGUAUUCCUUGGAAAAGUUCAAACUCUUCUGGUCAUUUGCAAGCUUCUUCACGUAGGCAUGCUUGGGGAUCUGAGUUUCACAUAAGAAAUAAUGCUGAAGGUUUAAAAAGCACUCUUGAAGAAAGCACGUCUAAAGUUAUUAAGAGCCUAAAAAAGAAGGGCUUUAUGACGGAGGGUUGCUCAAAUAAAGAGAGACCUCACAAGAGGUUACAAAACUCAGCAGAUAUUGCAGGACAGCUUUCUAAAUGGCCUAAGUGGGAGGAUACAUCACACAAAGGAUCAUAUAAGGGCUAUUGCACAGAUAGCCCUAACAAAUCCAGCAUAUGGGAUGGGAGCAAUGAAGAUGCAGCAGAUAUGAAGCCAGAAAAGUUGAUGCCAAACACAACUCAACAUUCUGGAUCUCCCCUCAGAGGUGCUUCUUGGAAGCUGAAAAAGAGAAGUGAUGUUGAGAAUUCUAUCUCCGGGUCUGCAGAAAUAGUUGACACCAAACCUUGUCAUCUGGAAUCCCUGCAAGAGAGAGGUAACAGUUAUGACAAAGCUAAAGAUGUACUAUUGCAAGGAAACGAUUCAAUUACCACAGAUGAAUCUCGUUCUGAUUUGCCUUGUCAAAGUUCUGAUGUACAAAAAAUAAACGAUAGGGAGGAAGUCACAAAUAGCUGUGGAAAAGAAGCAGACAAUUCAUUUGAUCUGCCUUCUAGGAAUUUGGAGGGGCAAGGAUUAAAAGUUGUGGAAGAUUCUAGAGAUGUGCAUAACAAAGGGGUAAAUGUGGGCGUAGAUAGUUUCCCUUCAUUGAUCUCCUUCAGGGAAGAAAGAAACAACCCGGAAAAAGGAAAAAACAGGCUCGAGGAAGUAGCCUUUGACAAAAAUGAUGGUGAGAGACUGUCUCUUGGUUCUUCAGAAUCCAACACCCGGAUAGAUAGCAAUGAAGGAUCAAAAGAUGGGCUUCUAGAAGUAUAUACUUCUUCUUGGCCCACAUGGAAGUGCAAUGAACAAAGGCAAAGCAAUCUGACAAAUGGAAGUGACGCUUCUGCUGAGAGGGCCAUCAACAUAGUUGAUGCUGCUGAGUUGCCUUCUAGUAGAACUUCUGAAGUGGAAAUGGUGCACAGAGGGAAGGAACAAGUAAAGGAUGGACUUGGCAAAAAUCUUCUACACAGAACUGAGAGCACUGAAUUAGAUUCAACUAAUCAAGUUCCAGAUAAUGAUGGUCUUACUUGUACUAAAGAUUUUAAUGCUAGUAGGCUACAGAACCUGGUUGGUGAUUCUGCUGAUGGCACUAAAUUACCUUAUAAUGAACCAGUUUUGGAGUUGGGGGUUGAAAGUACGUUGUUGCUUGGUGAUACUGAUAGCACUACACUUCCGCCUAAUAAACCAUAUUUAGAAUCGGAGGUUUAUGAAAAUAAUAAGGAACACGCUAGAGAUAAUGUUGUUGGAACGGCUGAAGUUCCAAUAGAUCAGUCAUCUAUAAAAGUUCCAGAAAUGGAAGUUGUUUGUUGUUCCAAAGAUUUUGGUGGUAGUAGGCUAGAAAACCUGGUAGGUGAUUCUGCUUUCUCUCUUUCACCAUGCACUAAAUAUCCAAAUCCCCCUACUUCCAGCUAUUCCAUGUCUGUCUUGCCUAAACUUUCAGUGUGUGGUGAGACGUAUGACAAUCAUCUCAACGUGUUACAUAGUAUUUCUGUGUGCGAUCAAAGUUGCCCUGCAAAAAAAUGCAUAUGGAAGGGAAGCUUUGAGGUGAUUGAUAUUGCUUCAGUUGUCAAAAUCUUUGAAGGAUUCACUGCUCAUCCGUCUUCUAAAGUUUGUCGUAAAGCUUACGAGUUCUCAAAAAAGAUGUCAUCCACUUUGGAAUUUCUAGUGCACCCUCGAAGUAAAUACUGGCCAAUGAUAUUUGAGGAUUGUCCUGAUACAAAUGAUAUUGCUUUGUACUUUUAUCCAAAGAAUGACCAGGCCUUGUGCAGUUACGCUUCACUGCUAAAGUUCAUUGACAGCAAGGAUUUGAUGCUCAGGAGUAAGAUGGGUCAUGUUGAGCUUCUGGUUUUUCCCUCGAGAUGGUUAAAUGUGAAAUGCCAAACCAUAAAGAACAGUUACUUUUUUUGGGGAGUUUUUCACAUCAAAACAAGGAAGUAAAUGAUGAAUGUUCGAGCCUAUUCUUCAUGUGUAGUGAUAAUGCAAGCCUUAUUGUGAACAAGAUUUGUUGACAUCGUAAGCAAAUAGUGAACUAGUCCAUUUUUCUUUGUUUGCCAAAUAAGUCUUGGAUUUAUAAUUUGAUUAUUUUGAAAGCCAC